AUGGAGAGAAAUGAUGAAAAAUUAGCAAUGUCAAAUUAUGAAGAAAAAGAUAAAAAAACAAUCCGGAUUGUUUUUUUUUCACUUAUUAUUGACUUGUUGGCGUUUACUAUGAUUUUGCCGCUACUCCCGGCUCUGCUGGACUAUUACAAGGAAACUGAUGAUAACGGACUGUAUUCUUGGAUUUUGAGAAAUGUCAAAGGCAUUCAGGAAAUUCUUAAAGCACCUGAUAGGUUCAGCAGUGUUUUAUUUGGAGGAUUCUUAGGGUCAAUGUACUCAUUCUUGCAAUUCCUAUGCAUGCCAAUAGUAGGAGCGUUAUCAGACGUGUACGGUCGAAAGCCUAUGAUGAUCAUCUGCUUGACUGGAAUUUCCUUGUCGUACUUACUCUGGGCAAUUUCAAACAACUUCAUCAUCUUCGUCCUGGCGAGAUUCGUCGGAGGAGUCAGCAAGGGUAACAUCAGCUUGUCCAUGGCGAUCAUUACCGACGUGACGACUCCUAAGACUCGGGGAAAAUCAAUGGCGCUAGUGGGAAUAGCUUUCUCCAUAGGAUUCAUAAUUGGACCAAUGAUCGGAGUGAUCUUCACUAAAAUAAGCACCAGUGAAGGCUACUGGUACAUUUAUCCAGCUAUGUUUGCCUUUUUUUUGUCACUAGUCGACUUAAUUUAUGUCAUCAAUUCCUUUGAAGAGACUCUUUCGGUUAAAAGACGCGCUAAAUCUCUGGCUAGAGGUAUCAGUGGCGCGUUUAUUUACAUCAAUCCUGUAGAUUUGUUUUUAUUUAAUGGCGUAGCUGGUCUUGCGCCUUCAGAGCUGAAAAAUUUGAGGACAUUAGGAGCCAGUUAUUUUUUGUACUUGUUUAUUUACAGUGGACUGGAAUUCACUCUAACAUUUUUAACUCAUCAUUUUUUUGGAUUCACCAGUAUGCAGCAGGGAUACAUGUUCCUGGUGAUCGGGAUUACUAUGGCAUUGCUUCAGGGAUCUUAUGUUAGGCGUAUUCCUGCUGGCAAAACCAAAUUUUACAGUGAAUUGGGACUUUGGCUAGUUAUACCCGCAUUUAUUUUUAUAGGGGUAGCUAACAGUAUUACUACACUUUAUAUUGGCAUUAUUAUUUUCUCACUUUCAACAGCAUUUGCAGUGACAUGUAUGAUGACUAUAGUCUCAAAAAUAGGACCAGAAAAUCAAAAAGGAACAAUUACUGGUAUUUUUCGGUCUUUAGGAGCAUUAGCUCGAAGUUGUGGUCCAAUUGUUGCAUCACUAGCAUAUUGGAGUAUCGGUAGUGCAUCAACAUACUUAAUCGGUGCAUUUGUCCUCAUCUUUCCACCACUAAUACUCAGAAAAGUUGCUGUUUAACAGCAACUACCCA